AUGACUGUACCAUAUGGCGGACCAUACAGAAUAGUAUGCAGGGAGGACAACGGGUAUUUUGUCUGUAAACUUGAUGGGACUAAAUCCCCCGAAUAUCCUGACUCGGCCAGUGAUGAGCUAAUUGGACUCGUAAAAAGGGCUAAUGUUCUGGAAGCAUUUACUUCUAAUAGUCACGUACAACCAACCGAGGAGACUCAGUUCUUCUCAAUAGUCGACGACAGGCCGUCCAUCCAAGGUGAUGGAUCCCAGGAGUAUCUACUACAUUGGACAAAUGGGGAGCGUACCUGGACGCAUGAAUCCGACAUUACAAACGCUGAUGUCCUUACACUAUACCGUCAACGCACUGGCGCAAAUGAAGGCAGUCAAGGCAAAAGAAGCCAGCAUCAGCGAGCAGCAGAAAGCGCACAAGGCGGGGGACCUAAGCAAGUCUUACUGAUACCAAGGGACACUCCCGCAUUUCUCGCCUUGAAGCAUGCUCCGCCCACACACCAUAGGGAUAAGGACCAAACACUCGGCCGUAUAGCCACCAUUGAGAUGCGUUUUCCAAUGCCAAGUUGA